AGAACUGCAGAACACGCCUGAUGCUGUCCCUGAUAGUGGGAUUGAACCCCCUCCUCUUGACACAGCAUGGGUAGAAGCUACGCGCAAAAAAGCUCUUCUUAAGCUGGAGAAACUGGACACAGAUCUGAAAAAUUACAAAGGGAACUCCAUUAAGGAGAGUAUCAGGAGAGGCCAUGAUGACUUAGGUGAUCAUUACCUUGACUGUGGGGACCUCAGCAACGCUCUCAAAUGUUACUCGCGAGCCCGUGAUUACUGCACCAGUGCUAAACAUGUUAUUAACAUGUGUCUCAAUGUCAUUAAGGUCAGUGUCUACCUCCAGAAUUGGUCUCACGUUCUGAGCUAUGUAAGCAAGGCUGAAUCUACACCAGAAAUUGCAGAG